AUGUUGAGGUCUACCAGCAACUCGUGUCGGAAAGAGGUCAUCCAGAGCGUGAGCCUGAUACUUCACGCCGAAGAACAGUUGCUUCUGUACAAAACCAUGACCUUAGCGAAUAGGAGUGCCGGAGGCUUGCCAGCUAAAUUCGCCAAAGUGAAGGUAUCAGAUGUGCGCCAGUUGAAGGUGUUGCAAAUCCAACUUAUAACCAAACAGAAACCAGUUCCUUUGUUUUUUUGGGGGCUCAUAUAUGAGAAAAAUAAUUUAGUCAUAUUCGGAAUCCCUCAAGAACAUGACCUUACAUCUGCCAUUGAAAAUAUUGCGAAGGAUACGUUAGAAGUAGACUUAGAAGAUGCAGACAUGAAUGAUUUAUAUAGAAUUGGGAUAGGAAGUCCAAACAAACAACGCGCUGUCAUUCUCGAACUAGUUAGAUACGUGGAAAAAUCGGAAUUGUUCAAGAAUGAAAGAAAGUUGAAGAACAGCGAAAUAAGUAUAACACACGACUUAGGAAAAAAAGAAAGAGAAGAACAAAAGUUGCUAGUGAAACAUCUCAAUCAAGCAAAAAGAAAGCAAUACCAGGCUAAGAUAAUACGGAAUAAACUAGUAGUAGAUGGUGAAGAAUAUACCUAUGAGCAGCUGACAGUAAUAGAAGAAGAUGAAGCGAUGGGAGAGUGCGAAGUACUGGAGGAUAAAGUAAUAACAAUAAAGAGUCAAAGUGUGCCAAAUACUCCCUCAAAUAGUAUGCCAACAAAUAAAAUCAUGGAGGAGAAGGAAAUCAACAAAGGAGGGAAUAUCAGUUCUCCCGCAACCAACAAUAAAAUACCAUAUACAUACUUUCAGAUCGCUGAAACGAGGACCCAGUGA